GCCACUGAAGCGGAGGGAGUUUCGAACUACUUCACGAUUAUCUGCGGUGUUACAUUAAAAACGUUUGUUUUAUGACAUUAUAGGUAAUAUCUGUUAUAAGUAUAGACAGCGAGUAUAACCAGUGGGGUGGAAAUGGUCAAGUUAAUGUGUCUGUUUGGACCAAUUCGCCACCAUUUAACAUAUUUAGCUAGGCUGCUAAUGCUACGGUAACGGUACAGUUACAUUUGGUGAUGAUUUUUGUCGGCUUAAUUUAAGGUUACUUUUAGACAGGUGCGCGGUUAUAUAUUUUAGUAUUAUUAUUACUUUAGAUAAUAAACUUUUAAGGAUUUAAUAGGAUUUUAAACAAUUAGAUAUUUCUAGCUAUGACUUAGUAGUUUGUUUACAUUGUACUCGAUAAACUUGCUGUUUAUUUUAUACGACUUAAUAUUAUUUGGGGAGUUGCAGUCUCGUACAACACUCUUGAAUGCGUUAUCGCAAAGGAGAGCUGAUGCUGUUUUUUAAACAUGGAGCUGAAAUUGGAGGUUGUUUUAUCAUCGAGCAUCAAACGGAAGAAACCAUGGCCGCGAUUCUGCUGGCUGGGGCAGGAGAAGGAGUCUGUGUUUCUGUUAGAUGACAAACGGAUAAGCGAGAUCAACAUGGUGUCUGGGCGCACCAAGAAGCGGACACCCAAACUCCAUCCUUUGCUCAACAGUGUGUUGACGAUGACUUCAUCCCACAAUGGAAUGUGGCUUUGCGGGCUUCUGUUGUCAGGAGAACUGUUUCUGUGGAACAGGGACAGGGAUUUGUUGAAGACUGCUGCAGCAGUCCCUGAAGUGGUUCAGAUCAUUACCUCAGCUCAAGAGAAUUCUUCAAGGCUUGCUCUCCAGGUUUCAGAGGAUGGGAUGCGUGUGCUCAUAUUAGCCAUAACUGGGCAAGUCUUGCUGUGGCAGUGUGUUGAUGCGAGGGAUUUGACAGGUCUGCGAGAUGGCCCAGUCAAAGGACAGUGGGCACAUAUCCAGGCCCUUAAAGAGACCGUAUUACCUUCAUUACAAGAUAAAGAAGCAUCCCAACAUGUCAUCUUUAUCAAGACAGAGGUUAUGGGAGAUACUUGUUUAUCAGCCUUUGUUUUCACAUCUGGAAAUCAGCUUAUCAUCACUGUCCUUAAAAUUCAGUGGAAAGAAGGCAGUGUCGGGGUGGGUUCUCUUGGUUAUAGCAUACAGUGGGCCACCAAGAAAUACCCCAUGUCUCAAUUCACCCCACCCUGCAAACCUGUCAAGUCCAGAGGGGCCUUGAUACCAGCCUUCUCCCCAGAUGGCCGACUGUUAGCCAUAGUCCUGAACCAGAGAAAGCCUAAGGCUACGCAGGUUCUGUUUGUGAGCACACAGAAUUUUGUUUCAAUAUCAAGUGGCCUUGGAGGAUGUGGGAGUAAAAGAGUGGAGAUCCCAUCUAAAUAUAUCCGAUCCUACUGGGUGGGCAGUGCCAGCUGGUCUCCUGGAGGCCUUUUCUUGGCCUGUGUGUUGAAGAGAGGCUCUCUUCUUAUAUUGGCUCGUCUUGGAGGACUUCUCACGCUAACAAGCUCUGGUUGCAAUGUUGACUUUGGUCCUGCCCACUUCCUGCCCCUGCACCCGCUGGUCACUUACAGGUCACCAAUGUCUGCAAGGAAUGGGGAAGCCUCUCUGUCCAGCUCGAGCAUGUCUGUGCGAGAUAUCAUGAGGCAGCGGUAUUCUGUAACCUGGCAUCCACGGCUGUUGUAUCUCAUUGUUUCUGAUGGCUACAUGGCUACAGUUAUGCGGGUGCUAGGCAGGCCUUCUCCUGCCAUUUUAUUGAAGUCACUUCUGAAAGACGCCUGCAAAGAUCUUGAGAAGGUCACCCACAAACUGGAAAAAACACAGGGUCAUGUAAAGGAUUGGCUGGAGUCUGUAUCUUGCUUGAAUCUGGACAGCAGCCUUGAAGAGUUCAAACCCACCGUUACAUGUAGACCCAACACCACAGAAUCAGUCAUUUCAGCGGGUACAGAUGGAGCCAGAUUGCCUCUUUUUCUGCAAGACCAGUGGACAUUGGGUGGUACCAAGGAGCUUCUUGAAAACAUGCAGGCUCUUUUUGAAGAUGAGUCUGACUUGGAUGUAGUUCCUGCUGGCUCUCAUGUGGAAGAUGGAGGUCGUUUGGAGUUUGCCUCAAUGUUUGACACUCUCCAUGCCCUGGACACCCACACUGAUACUGUUGUUGCUGGCCCAGAUUAUGAUCAAGACUUUACUGAAACAGAGAAGAAGAUUCCUCUCCACCAUGAACUAGGGAAAAUUCAGAGCAGGUUAUUAACGGCCUGGGCUUUUUGUAUGUCUCUAGGAAAUGCUGUGGAACACAGAGUUCCUCUGCUGAAACAUACGCUCUGCUGUGUGGUUCGAUUUGCUGCUUUACUCCAUUUGAUGUCCUGCUCCAUGGUUCAUGCAGGAGACAAUACCUCAGCUUCCACUCGCUUUCUGCAUCUCAUCAAAACCCUACUGUCCUUCCUUCCAUGGGAUAGCAUUUCUUUAGAUGGGCCACACUGCUUGGGGCUGGUGGUGGAUUUCAGCAAAAUGAUGGCACGCCUUCUGCUGACUCCUCAUCCCUACCAGACUGGUCACUGCCACAUAUCAUCCCAAAGUCUAUCCAGAGUCUUGGAUAUCUUACAGCUGGUCUCUGAUUCCCUUGAUCACACUUACAGCUUGAAGCAGAAAACUGUCUGGUCUUCAGAGAAGCAAUCUCCUUCUCAGGCAUCGCAUACAAUGCCCUCUGAUGUAUACCAUGUGCCUCUGCUACAGGAUGACCCGAAGAACAAAUCCAUUUUUGCACAUCAGGCUCAGCCUCUUCCCCAGCGACCCUCUAGCAGAUUGUUAAGAGUAUGGCAACUGGUAUACAACAUCACCCAGCAGUAUGCAGAAGAACUAAAAAGAUUUAAAGGCUGUGAUGGCUGGGAAGAUGAGGAGCACCAGCUGUCUGUCAUCAUGUCCCAAAUCCAAACAGCUUUGCAGGCUACAGGAGAAAUGCUAGAAGAGGGCCCUGAACUGCGGAGUUACCCAGGUGAACAUCUUUUCCUGUAUGGCUUGUACCCAAAAAGUGCAGACACAUGGAAAUUACAAAUCUGUCAAGAGGCUAAAAAAGGUUGUGGACGUAGUAUCUUCCAGGAGACACGGCUUUGCCUGUCACUUCUAUACAGUCUAUUAUCACAGUAUCAUCUGAGAGAAGCCCAGGAAUUGGGAGACCACAUGGCACAGCUGAUUCUGCUGAGGACUGGGCAUCAGAAAGACAGUUUGACUUGCAUUACAGAAUCUCUUCCUUGCUCAUGGCUGCCAAAGGACCUUCACAGUGACGCUGCCUGUGCAGUGGUUCAGACUCUUGGGAGAUUCAUGGCCUCUUACUUCACCAACCAGCCGCUCUGUAUUCUGCCUGCUCACAAUGUGGCAGUCCUCCCUCCUCUACAUAUGCCUCAUGCCCCCAGUGUUGGGCGUUUGGUCCCGUUGUGCCAGGAGGAAGUGUCUCGAGCAGUUCGACAGCAGCAUCUAUCAGAGCUGUGGACAGUGAACUAUGCCCAAGACCUGCUCCUGCUGGGGGGGCUGCUUCCUGAGGCUGUGUGGUUGGCUUAUCAUUUGGGAGACUGGAAGACAGCAGUGUCUCUGAGCCUGGCAUAUACCAGUUACUGCACAGAGCAUUUUGACUUCACUUGGCUCAGAAGGAGGGAACUCCACCUGCCAACAAGUUUAAAACCAGAAAGCAUCUUUCAGGCUGAGCUGGAGUGUCUUCUUGUAAAAAAAGUUGACUCACAAGAAUACACAGAUAAAGAUGGUGACAAGAGCUUCACAGAUCCGUUGGAAGGAGAAGACUGGAAGUUGUUACAGGCUUCCAUACAGGAAAUUUUGAAGGCUUCAGUUAUGGCAGGAGUGAAUGUUAUGUCUUCCCCCAUGUCCUCACUGCUGGACACAGCCAAGACGAUGUGUUCUUCCCUGCCUGCUUUGGUGCCCACUGGACUGUACCUUCCUUCCCCGCCCCUCUAUUGCCCGCAGCCUUCUCCCAACACGCAGGACCAAAUAGGGACAACAGGGCACCUCGCUGAAGUCGCAUACCGACACAAAGUGUCUGGGGUUCUCCAAAGAUUACUUUUACUUGUGAAAUCUGGUCAUUGUUGUCAUCCUGCUGCCCAGUGGUACAUCAGUCACCUGCGCCGUGCCAGACACAUACUUUACAAGAUCAAGAAGAAGUAUUCCUAUCCUUCAGCUGCUCAGGAGGAAAAAGCUUUUCCAGAAGGACUGAUGAAGUUUAUUAGCCGUGGUGGAUAUUUCAGACUGGGACCUAAAAAAGAUGGUCAUCUCGACUGUGACACGAUUCAUACUAUUGCCUGUUUUAGGGAGCUGUGUGCUUUAUGCUGGAUGCUUCAUGUCAGGGAUCAGCUCUCCAUUCACUGCAGGAGGUAUCAGGCAGCCAGACAGCACAGUAGUGAUGAACAGAUUUCUGGUGAUUCAGAAAUCAAUUCAGCCUGCAUUGAUGCUCUCUGCUGGGCCUGUCGUCUUCUGCCUUUCUCUUGUUUUCUCAAUGCUGAAGAAAUCCUGCAGGACAUACUACUUAGCCUCAUCUCUGAAUUACCUCCUGUAUCUAUGGUGGCUGACACUCUUGUACGAGCCUUCCCUAAGGAGGAAGAGUCUGUCAGAGUGCCUUUAAGAGAGAAGUAUAACUCACUGCUGCAAAGGCUGAAGCAAUGCAAUGUCCUUGGUGAGAAAGAAGAAGUGAACGAGUUGAUGAUGAUUGUCAUUCAAGAUAAAUUCAGACAAAGAAGAAAACAUCUGGCACGUCUGCAGAGGCACUUGGCUCCUCCUGUGCUGCAGCUGUGGGAGAAAGUAGAGCAAGAGGAAGACAAGGGGAGCAGACAGGAGAUGGCCAUGCUAAGGCAGCUAUCACUGGGGACAACUCUGAGCACUUGCACCGUAACUGACUGUGAGCUCCAGCCGAUGUGCAGUGAUGUCAACCCAGCAGAGACUAAAUCAGAGGCUGUCUCUUCUGAACAGCGUUACAGAUUCAUGACCAGGGACAAAUGUGCAAAAAGAGGCAGAAAAGAUGCUAAGAAGACCACUGCUAAGACUCAAAAUGCCAUUCAAGAGGAUGGUGAGACAGGCAAAGACAAACAGCAGCAACUUUCCAUACCAGUGGUUGGCACCUGGGAGUUUGAGCUAGAAGAUGAGGAAUAUCUGAAUUUUCUGGAACUCUUUCUCAGUUAUGUAUUGGAAAAGAAUAGUUCUGAUGGAGCUGACUCUGGCAGUGAAUUACCUUUGCUGAAGGGCUUCUGCUCUGAGCUAAGGGAGAGAGAACUUCAUUCUCUAACCUUUGAUGUUCUCACCACCAUCCAUCGUCGUCAAAGAGAUGGACACGGUCCAUUGAAAAAACACUCAGCCAGGGGCCCCCCGGUGUUCAGAGCUGGCUGUUGCUACAAACCUGUGAAAGAAAACCAAGCAUCUGAGCUGCAGACUUCUUCUGUCUGGAGUGAAGUUCCCAUUUCCAGGGUUAGUCUUUCUGUCAGCUCGCAGUCUGGACAUAGAACCAGGAGGCAAAAAGGAUUAUUUGGCCUCCGGCAGCAAAGCAAUAUGCCUUUAGAGAGAGUAAAGGAAGUUGAUCUUGGUCUAGAAAUCAGCCCUAUUCAGAAUGUGUUUACCACAGGACAGCCCUCAGAAAGUUUGAUGUCUGGGUCCUCUGUGUCUGUGGAGGCUGUGACAGAAUUGCAGCAGGGCCUCGAUCCUAAAUUAGAGGCUCAGUUUCCAAAGCUGGGCAGACUACUGGAGUGGAUGGUACGUUGGGCUGAUAGAAGGGUGCUGUUUGGACAUCACAGUAAAACGAAGAAAGAUAAAAAAGUAGCUGCAAAUGAAGGAGUUGUGAUUCGUGUUAAAGCUUCAGCACCUGCUAUUCUCACAUCCCUGAGUUUGCUGCAGUGGAAGCACACCUCUCUACUUGGGAAUAAGGGUUACUGUUCCCGCAUUCAAGUUCCAGAAAUGCAAUGGACUGUUGCCCCUGUGCUGCAACCUGAGGUGGAUAGAAAGCUUGAGAGGGAGAGCAGUGUGGAUACAGGCUACCCUGGAUCAGCCAACACUCCUGUCACUGGUCUCGACUAUAAUCUGCAAGGAGAGCCAUUUGGUUCCCAUACAUAUGAAGCAGAGGAACUGACAUUUCAGAGAACGCAUCUCCCUGCUGACCACGUUCAGCCGGCCUUUGAUUCACAACAGAGACACGUCAGUUCACAGCAGCUGCCUCUCGAUGUCUUAGAUGUUACACCAGAAAAAGAAGGCAGAGCAAGUGACAGUGAGGGCUUGGGAUUGUCAUCUUCUGGUUCGAGUGGGAACGUUUCUGGAAACAUCUGCUCAUCUGAAACGAGUUUAAAGCUUGCAGACCUUGACUACUCAGAAAAACUUGAAGCUGUGUCCAGUUCCUUCUCCAUCCACAGUGGACAUCCAGCUCCUCCCACUGUCCAACCAAAGACAGAUGUUAAUGCAGAACUUUCUGAAUUAAAUGAAGUGCAGCUCCCAAACACAACAGUUGAUCCUCCAGUGUUCCAGCCACAAAACUUCUCUGGUGGUGCACCCAGUGCAGAGUCUACAACCCCAAAUCUGCCACUGACCACUUCAUCACUGAGACAGCGAUUAGGUGAAGACUUACUCAGACUUGUUCAGCAUGUCAACUAUAUGAGUCUGAGUGAUGUUUUAGAAGCAACAUUUGCCAACCUGCAACUAGUCCAGCAGAACUCUUCUACGGCCCAGUCUAAUAGGAACGCCUCACACCUUAAUGUGCCUUCAUCUUCUGCUGCCAAUCUGAUCCCUGAACCAAAUGUCUUACCCAUUCAGACUACCUUCUCUGCAGCAUCUCAAAUGCAGACAUGUGUGCCAAAUUGUGACCCCCAGCUCAGGUUUGCAGACCAGCCUGCCAUGCAAAGCUCAGCUAAGACCUCCUCAUCAGCUGGCCAGUACCAUGCCAAUCAAUGUCUGUCUUUUGAUGCUACAGGUGUUAAUUAUCAGGAAAUGCAGCCUCUCUGUGUCAAAGCAGAGUCUCCAGACAUCCAGCAGAGGGAGAGCAGGAGGUUAAUACCACCUUCUCAGGGACUCUUGGCCACCACUGGAACCAGGGUUAACAAUGGUCUAAGCUCUCCUGUGUUACUGGUUUCCAAUGGUAAUGCACCAAAUGACUCUGCUUCCCAGGUGCCUGGCCUAAAGUUACUUAAACUUCAUCACCCCCCGCUGAUGUCCCAGCACAGCACCCCACACUGUCCACCAGCACAACAGUCACAUACCCUGCACACAAACCCUGAAACUCUUCAAUCCUGUCAGCACAAGUCUAAACAAGAUGAUCAAUCCACCUGGAAGAAGAAAAGGGGGGGGAAAAGUGAUGGGUUUUCAGUUUCAAGAAAACAUCUCUGCUUUAAUCCUCCACAUGAUCCAACUCCCAGGAAUUCUCAUUCCCAGAUUUGGGCAUCAGGGACGUCCAGCAGUCAAGGGUUUUCUCUACUUCCUCCUGCUUUUCCAGCUCACACACAGACACCAAUGGAAGGCCUUCGUCUGCUGCAAUUGCAGCAGGUUCCACACACCAGCACCACUUUCCCCAAACUACCUCUACCAUCUUACUCUAGACCUGCUUUCAUUGCUGCUCCAAUGACAGAAACACCAAUGAUCAAACUUCUACAUCUUGAGUCUGCCCCCAAAAUAAUGUUGCCUCAGGCAGUUCCUUCAACACAAGUGACUCGUCUUUUCUCUGUGGCGGAGUUAACAAGUUCAGGAAUCAGGCGAUGGGAUGCUAAAGAUCCUCGGCUGCAGCUGCUCAGAGCAGACCAGCCUAGUGGAAGCACUCGAGAGCCUAUCAACUCUUCCAGCUGUACCCCCAGCAAGAGGCAGAAGAGGAGAGAGGAAAAGGCAACGGGGAGAAAAACAGGGGUCACAUUCAGACCAAAUGACUCCAUCAUCCCUACUCAAGAGGCAGCAGAUGUGCCUGUAAGUGAAGAGAGUCCGGUUGCUGAAGAGAUCACUACUGUGCAGGACAUCACAGGAUCCUCUGAUUCUCUGCUGACUGGUCAGAGAUUGUUGGACAAGGUCUUUUCUACUUCAGCUGAGCUCCACGCCUUUGCUUCCACAAGUAAACAACCUCCAGAGUGCCAGGAUGCUUUUACCAACACAGAACCAGUUUGUCCUCCCAUGUUUGUGGAUAAAACUGUCUCUGCUCAAGCCUCUAUAAUAACCAGUGGACCUACAUCACAAAGUUCAAAAGAUGGUCAGAUAUAUCAUGAAGACCAUGUUCAAGAUUCAGAGGAAACCUCAAAGGACACACAGAAGAUUCUGGAUCUGUGUGGUCGCCAGUUUAUAAGUGUCUUAGAUCUAGAAGAUGUAAUUCAGCAUGAAGAUCUGCUGCCAUGUUUUAGGCCAGACACACAAGAUGUUUCCUCCGACCACCGUUCCUCUCCUACUUCUGCCGAGCUUCAUGUUCUCGCAACCUCUGUUAUUGGACGAGCUGCUGCAGUAACUAUUCCAGAGGAUCCACUUAAACCCACCACUCCCACAGAUAUCCCUGAGGCACCACUUUUAUUCAGCUACCAAAUGCCCAGUGGGGUUUCAGAGAGAAACACUCCACCUAAGAAUGUGAUGGUAGAUCCAUCUGACUCGGAGAUCUGUCGAGCCAUAAAGACCCAGAGUGUUCUACCUGAAAGAGCCUCCUUCUCACCUCCUUCUGACAGUUUUUCUACUCGCUUGUCAGAGCUGGAUGCCCAGCUGACUGCUUUACAGAAGAUUGCAGAUCAUCUGGAAAUGGAUUUCUCAAACUCUGGAAUGCCAGUGAACACAGUUGGAGAGCUCUCUUCAGACAUGGCUGAUGUGAAGACUACCUCAGCAGUAAAGAAAACAGUUAGACUCUCUGUCCCACUGAAAGCAUGGACACCAAGAUCUGAUCCAGACCUUUUAACUGAACUAAAGUCUUAUGAGGAGGAUGAGAAACAUCAAGAGGAAGAACAUGUGGUCCGUAAUAACUUUGGCAAUCCUGGAACAAAGCCAUCUCAUUAUUCUGCAUCCCCUAUUAGGCACAGAGCAGGUCCUUCUUACAUUCACACCCCACCAGAAAUCAAAGAUAACUUCAGUGAAGCAUUCAGAGAAUCUCAUGAAUGGACAGAUGAAGAUCUGGGUCAGACUGGGCUAUCUGAUACAGCAGAAAUCUUAGACGAGUUGAUAAAGGAAGGAUAUUUAUCUCCCACUGACUGGAAUUGGUCAGCCUCACAGACUCCCCACCAUACCAGCAGGCAGGACCAGCUGCAAAAUAGCAGGACAUCUCAGAAACAUAUUCUUCCUGAAGAUGAGAGGAGAGAGCUGAGGAUAUGGAUGAGAAGAAAGCAACAGGAACAACUGGCUGCUUAUCAAAAACACAGACAGAGCCUGAGAGAAAAAGAACUCAAGCCUUUUCCUGUCUCUGUGAUUGGGCAAUCAACAAACAAAAAUCAGUCAAACACUUUGAGCACCAGAGCGGAAAAAUUGACAAAAGAAAAGUUCGCGCUUCUAGAGCAAUAUAACCAAAGGACGCUUGAGGCUUGUUCUUUAGCCAGUGACCUUGCCACCUCUCCUCCAGUGCUCUCAACCACACGAUCGACCUCAGCUCCACCCCCUGGCAGUGUUCAAAGGGCUCAGAGUUUAUCUGUCAAUGAUAAAAGAAACCUUGAGUCACCCCAACUUCAUCCACAGUCUGUGGAGGGACUGUCCGAGGAUCUCCACAGGAGACUAGGACUUAAUCGACCGGUGACCUUUUUGCCAGAGGACCGUCUGUCUCAGGUGACUAGACGUGGCAUGAUCACCAACACUAAGAGACAAGCUAAGCUUCACACAGCCAACCAGAGUGAGGAGCAGCAUGUUGGGUAUCGGAGAAGGAUGGGGUUAAACAGCACUUAUUCAGGAGGAGCUGCUGUAGGAAAAGGGAUCCUGAGGCAGCAAAGCAGAGCUAGAGAGACAGCAGUGGUGGACCGUUCAAUAUCUAUCAGGCUGGAGGACUCUGAUAUAGUUUCGGCAGGUCUAUCGGGUGAGCCAGAUGAUGUUGCCAUAGGUGGUGUUUCAGAGAUGGACUGGCUGGACAAUCUCUCUGAGUGUGCAGGAAGCAGCCUCAGCAAAAUAGAUUGGGACGCUAUUGAGAAAAUGGUGGCUGGAGAAGAAGACUGAGCAUAAAUUAAAACUAAUUACAUACAUAAAUACAUGGUGUAUUUAUAACACAUAAAUACAUGCACAAAUGAAUAAUUUGCUAUUUAAUUUUCAUGGAAUUAAGAAAAAAUACAUUUAUGUAGAUCUAAAUAAAAUACAAAAGACAGUGCCGUGUGGACACUCAAGUAGAAGAAGAGAAGAAAAAUUAUUUUCUAUGUGCCUGUUAGAUAUAUUGUAUAUUAGAACUGUACUUAUAGAAAUUUUAUUUUAUUACACCAUUAAUGAACUGAUAAUAAAUACAUCAAGUAUA